GCCAUUGAUGGAACACCAAGCCUAAUGGUCCAGUGUUAAUCAUUGUUCAAAGUAUUGAUUACAGGAAAACAUAUGUAGGUUUUCGUUAGCUUAGAGACAAUGGUAGGUAGGGUGUUCAGUUUGAUUUUGCACAUGUGGCUAUCUCGUUGUCUCCAUUAAGGAUAUCCGUGUGGUAUACAGGUCGUUUUAUUCCAUAGUGGCUGAACAAACUACCACAGAACUGUAUUUGGAAUGUGAAAAAGGACUAGAUUCCAAAUGGCCGCGUUUGAUUCAAGAGCAGAGGUAGUUUUGCCUCCUCGGGAGAAGAAAUGGGAUGCCGUCAAAGGUGCCGUUCAUGAAUAUAUGUCUAAUUCUACAGUGCAUGGUUUCAGCAAAGCUGUUGGUCAACAGUUGUACUUUGGAAGAAGGCUGCUUUGGAUGUUAAUCAUCCUAGGUGCAGCUUUGGGUCUUGCAUCUCAGAUCUACACGGAGGUGGAAACCUACAAUGCACGACCAACAUUAAUCCAAGAACAGUUCUUUGACGUUGUGGAUGUUGUGAAGGAGGUCCCGACCAUUAGUCUCUGUCCCUUGAAAGCUUUGGAAGUAAGUGUCAACCAUGCAGACUCAAAUACACCUCUCACUAAAGAAGAGAUGACACUCCAACGGUUGGCUUAUCCUGCGUCCUACAUAUCGGAAAGCUUCUUGUCAACCCUCCACAUCAAACUUUUCGGCUGGGUUGAGGACGAUUCAAGUUCAUCCGCCCUACUACACUCUUCUUCACCGGCUGAUCCAUCAUUGCAGGUCUUUGCGGAUAGGUCAUGGGAGAAGGAGGCUGGUUUGCCGCAGGUAUUCAAUGACUCUGAUUCUGGCGAGCUCCUGAAACGCCUUGCCAUUUCAAGUAAGAAUUUAAAUUUGACGACCUGUCCCAGAAAGAGAGGUUCUUUGUAUGAUCUCCCAUGCUGCAAUAACCUCUUCACAGAGGUUCUCACCGAGACAGGGUUGUGCCACACCCUUAAUAUGACGGCUGUGGCCACCGAAGGAAAACAGGUGGGAUUUUUCAGCGAUAACAGGUUCACCGUGGUCGUUGGUGUGAAGGUCUUCAAUGAUCUGACGCUGUUUGAAGAUGUGAGGGGACUACAGGUAGUUGUCCAUAACACUGGCGACCCAGUCCUGCCGACCAAGAGGGGUGUGUUUGUAUCGGUCCGUACUCAGUCCAGGCUCACAAUACAAACUACAAAGAGAAUAAACUUGCCUCCGCCGUUUCGAUCAGCCAAUGGCUACUGCCUUGAUACUGAUGUAGAAUCGCCGAUUUUAACGAGAUUCCCCGACUACCAGUACAGUGUGUACGCCUGUGAGAGGGAAUGUCUCAUCAACUACACUGUACAUGUCUGUGGGUGUAGGCACGCCUGGGACCCAGGUCAGGAAGACAUGUGCAGCAUCAUAGAUACUGUUAACUGCAUAUGGCCAGCAGCUGCCGAAUACGGUGACAACCCAAGUUUGCAAACAUGCCACUGCCCCACUCCGUGUCGAACCUCAACUCAUGAAGUCACGAUCUACCCAGCAGCGUUGGGGAAGUUCCAGCCCACACGGUUUAGGCCAGGUGACCAAGGAGUGGACGGUGAAACAUGUAGAGACACACAGGUGUUGAGUGGCAGUAAUUACGAGGUGCUGCUGUUAGAUGUGGGUUUUCCUGUCAAGAUAAGAGAAGUAAGGCAAUUGGAAGCAAAGACUUUGGGGGAUAUUCUUGCUGCCCUCGGGGGUCUCAUUGGCCUGUUCCUUGGAUUCAGUAUCGUGUCUGUGGUGGAGAUUGCAGAGCUCCUAUUCCUCAUCCUCCGAGGCAUCACCUGUCGGAUGAGGAAACAGGAGAUCCAGGUUGAGGAUAAAUAAAAGUGAAAAAAAAGUGACAUGAGUUGCACAUGCUUUUGUUGCAACAUGGAGGGGAGUGUUUUUAUCAUGAUAAGCCCAACACUAGGUGAUUAUUUGUCUGUUGCAAUCUUUUGUUAAACCUCUUGGAACUGACAUAUACUGAAGAGCAAAAGAAAGUAUACACCAAUAGUUACUUGAAGGUGAUGUGUUUGGGGCCAUAUGGUGGCAGUGUUUCAUGAAGUGACUGUUUACAACCUUCUGACUUUUGGGGCAAAUCCAAUUCUCAAGUGUAUAUUCUUUCUUUCAGUUGGGUCUGAAACUAUAUAUUUUGUCACGAUACAAUGUGUACAUUGAAGCCAUGUAAUAAACGAUAAUCUAU